AUGAAAUUGUAUUAUGCGUUGGCAAAGCCAGGUCUUUGGACUCAGUUUUUUCUAACAGCUACUUGUAUAUGUUGCUUUAUGUUGUAUGGGUUUGAACAGGGAGCAUUAGCAAACAUUCAAGGUCAUGAAGCAUUUCAGUCUCAGUUUGGAUAUCCAAGCGGGAGUUAUUUGGGUAUUAUUGUUUCGAUCUAUAAUUUAGGAAGUUUUUUUGGAUGCUUGGGAAAUAUUGCUAUUGGCGAUAUUUUAGGAAGGAAGAGAGCUAUAUGGUUGGGGCUUACCCUUGUCAUAAUUGGUGUUAUAUUGCAAACUAGUUCUUACGGUGUUGUUCAGUUCUUUAUUGGUAGGUUUAUCUCUGGUCUUGGUACAGGCAUUGAGACGAGUACGGCACCAAUGUAUCAGUCUGAAGUUUGUACUGCGAAAUACAGGGGUAGACUUGUGGCAGCAGAGCCCAUGUUUGUCUCUGUCGGGAUUGUUAUGGUAUACUGGGUUGGGUAUGGUUUAAGUUUUGCGGAAGGUGGGGUUGUCUGGCGUGUACCAGUUGGAAUUCAAUUGAUCUUUGCAAUUUUAGGUUGGCUUAUGUUAUUUCUAUGUCCUGAAUCACCUAGAUGGUUGGUAAAGGUGGGUAAGAUAGAAGAUGCUAAGUAUGCUCUUUCAAAAAUAAGGAAUUUAGAUGUAAAUGACUACAAGAUUACAUGUACUGUGAAUGAAAUUGUGCAUAUUCAAGAAGUUGAAGCGCAUGGUAAGAAUAUAAAUUGGAUGUCAAUCCUUAAAGGUAAAGAUGCGAUGGCUGGUAGGUAUCGUCUUGCGUUGGCGUGGGGAAUUCAGUUUUUUAAUCAAAUGGGUGGAUGUAAUUUGGUCAUCUACUAUAUGCCUUUAGUUUUGGUGACAAAUGUGGGUAUUGACACUGAAUUAGCUACCAUAUUGUCUGGAUGCAUUAUGAUUUGUAUGUUUGUUUCGUCGUUGGUACCUACUUUCUUCCUUGAUCGGAUGGGACGUAGGCCUACAAUGUUUGUCGGUUCGAUUGCAUUGGCAGUAUGUAUGCUUAUCAUUACUGUGUUGUUGAAACAAGAUCAGAAAAACUGUUCUUCGGCAGCAGUUGCAUUUUUCUUCGUAUACAUGUGCUUUUUUGGUAGUACAAUGAAUUCCACGCCGUGGGUCUAUGGACCAGAAGUCUUGCCAUUACAAUUACGGGCAAAGGGGGUAGCAAUAUCUACUUCAUCGAAUUGGAUGUGGAAUUUUGUUAUUGCAAUGAUUACACCGGUUAUGACAGACAAUCUUGGUUGGAAGACUUAUAUUGUAUUUACAGUUAUCAAUGCUUUUGGAGCCUUGUGUGUGUACAUGUUUUAUCCAGAGACAGGUAGAAAGACGUUGGAAGAAAUAGAGGAAAUUUUCUUAGGCUCAGGGAAAACCUUUUAUGGAGGGUUAUGGGAUAGAAAUCAGAAAAAUGGUACAGAGGUGGAAUUUGUUGAGUAUUCAGAAAAGAAUCAACUAAAUAAAGAAGUAUCAUGUUCAAGUGAAGUGUCACGACAGGUCGCAGAUGAGGUUUAA